AUGGCUGGGGCUACAGAACAGUCACUACGUGAAACACAGGUACGGCCGUCUAUUACUGGUCUGUCGCCAAAGGAAGGUGUUCCGGGUACACAAAUCAAAAUUCGAGGUGAGAAUCUCGGUACUGGUCAGUCAGAUAUACUCGUUCUUUCAAUAUGCGGAACUGACUGCUUGAUGUCUGCUAAGUGGAAAUCUCCAUCUUUAAUUGUAGCUAGAGUCGGUCAGGCGAAGCGAGGAGUCGGGGAAAUAAUUUUAGUCACUAAAUCUUUGGGACGUAGCGUUUCAAGCGUAAAAUUCCGAGUCUUCAUAGUGCAGAUUGGACCUUUAGAAGAUAGUGCCGUUUGGGUGGAUGAAUCGCGGACAGUGCCAGGACGUGAAGCAGUUCGCAAUAUUCCUGAAAGCAUAGAAACCGUUGAUGCUUUGGGUCUUCCCAUAGAACCGCAGAAAAAAAUGGAACAAUCAACUUUAAUGCAGAUGUUUCCUGAGGGAUCAGGUAACUUAAGAAUGGAGAACUUUAGUCCUGCAUGGUUUCUGUUAGAGAAUCACAUGGGGACAAGUUUAUUUGACUUACGUCGGGGUUUGAAUAAUUUGGCAAAAAAUAUCGACGAAGAAGACAGUAAUGCAGAUAUUCAUCGUGCAAAUCUUUACGCUUUGAUUAACUGCGUUGAUGCAUUAGCCGCUUGCCACAGUCGCAUGCAACGGGAAAAGAAUACGAGGGGCUGGCCGCUAACGCAAACAAUUUACGAAAAGUUAACGGAGUCUUCGUCAACAGCAAAUGGUUUGUUUUACGAUGUCUUGAACCGGAAAGAUCGCGCUGAUGCCACUCGGAAUGCGUUGUCUGUGCUUACUCGAUUUAGAUUUAUAUUUUUUUUAUCAAGCGCUAUCGACCAGAAUUUAGCUAAGUUUUUUUAUGGCUAUUAUAAAGAGAAUGUGAUAUUGGAAUUAGUAGUGGAUGAAGGGGCGUUAAUUUGGAUUAUGUUGCUGGAUAUCGAUUUUGACAGUAAUUUACCGCUUUGCUUUUUGAAUUUACUUGUUUAUUUCCAGGGCGAGUACUCAACUAUACUAAACGAUUACGCGCGCGCGAAAUCUCUGUUUAAAGACACUGAAGUACCCCUUUUUAAAGAAGUAAUGGCAGUACUGGAUUCGAAAAUGGAGCUUUUCAAGCGGAACAUGAAGAAGCGGCUGAUUGAUAUGCCUACGUCUUUUGAAGACCAAAGCAAACUGAUUAAAUAUUUGAAAGUUCUUGAACCAGAUUCGGAUCCUGCAUGGGACUGUAUUACUGCAUAUCAUUGUUGGCUGGAAGAUUUACUGUGGCAAACCCAGUUCAAACAUCAUGAAAUGGUGAUGGACGGUAGGGACAAUAGUCGGCUUGAAUUUGUUGAAUCGACCGUAAGUUUAAUAACGGACAAGUUGCAAACGUUCUGGAAGUUAUCGCAAGUUUACUCUGCAUCCUCUACGAACCAGAAUUAUGCGGACCGACAGUUUGAUAUUAACCAAAUGUUGAUCAAUACUAUCAAUGUUUCUUCGUGGUUGAUGCUUAACGCUUUAGUGCCUUCCUCAUUACCUGAAGCAGUGAUUUCUCAAUACAAAGAACAAUUCGUUGAAUGGCCCACAGUUCCUUUCGACUCUUUGUCUAACCAGCUUUUUUCGUCUUUAAAAGUUUUGAGAAGUUGCAUAAGCACAAUGCUAGAUUCAAACUUCACUAGUGAACAUCUCCAACCACUUAUAGAACUUUCAAUAACUAUACGCUUGAAGUGUCUUUCGAAUGUCAUUGAAAAAACUAGUGAAGGUGUUUCUUCUCUAACCGCUAAAGAGAACUGGAAGUUAGAGACUUUGCCAAACAACAGCUCGAAGACUGUUCUUCCUGAUCUUUUUGAGACUGAACUGAAUGAGGCUUUACCAUCCGUGAAGCAGAUUUUGUCUUUUUCUGGUUUUCAUGGUGAACUAGAUUUGUUCAGCCGUGAAACGUUCAGACCAAUCUUAACAAGUUUGUUCACCUCUAUGAUAACUUCUGUUCGCGAUUGCAUUCGACAGCUUCUGCAGCUAAGGGGAGACUUGAGAAGGCCAUCAGAUUUUAAUUCUUUCAAACCUAGUAGCAAGAAGCUGUUGAUUUCCGUGUGCAAUAUUGAGUAUAUAAUCAACAAUACACUGCCAACUUUCUGCAAAAGACUUUCUGAUAAUGGUGUCAAAUACGGUGUUGCAAUUUUUGAGGUGGGUAUGAGAAUGUUAAAUUGUGAUGAUUUGAAUUUUUUGUUUUUUAUAGAGUUUGUUGACUUACACAUUCAUUGUUCUUCAUUUAAAUGGCCAUUCACUACUUUUCUUUUCUGUCGAGAUGCAUCUGAUUUUAUUAAAGAAUUAUUGAUGUGCUUAGUAUUUAUUCAGUCCGAAGUAUGCUUGCUCGCUCCGCAACUCAUCCAGGAGAUACUUUCACCGGCAGUACAAAUCGGAUUUGAGGAGUUACUGAGCAGGCUUGCAGGCCUGGAGAAUCUUUCUGGAGAGCAAGCAACACAAUUAGUUGUUGAUGUAACAGCUUUAGAAGAGAGCUCACAGAACUUUCUUACUUUAGAGACCAGGGCUGCCCUAAAUGCCUUCCGAGCUAAGUUAAUAGAUACGAUUGACCAAAAGCAUUUUCAAAGAUCAUUACGGAACUUCCGUGCAGCUAUGAGGAUGGCGAUAGCCAGUUUGAACUGUGUUCCUACUAAUACGCUGAAUGAAACGUCUGAAGUUUGA